AUGGCGGCAGCGGUGGGAGCGCGGGGCACGGGGCGCUGGUUGGCGGCGCUGCGCAGCCGGGGCGCGAGCGGGGCGGCCAUGUCUUCAGAUGCGCAGUGGUUGACGCCAGAGGAGAGGAGCCAGCUUAUUCCUGACUUGAAAGCAGCAGGGUGGUCGGAGUUGAGCGAGAGAGACGUCAUCUUCAAAGAGUUCUCCUUCAAAAAUUUUAACCAGGCCUUUGGCUUUAUGUCCAGGGUUGCCCUGCAAGCAGAGAAGAUGAAUCACUACCCGGAAUGGUUCAACGUGUACAACAAGGUCCAGAUCACCCUCACCUCGCAUGACUGUGGAGGCCUGAGCAAGCGAGACAUGAAGCUGGCCCAGUUCAUUGAAAAAGCUGCUGCUUCUCGGUGAUCGCCUUCGAAACGCACGUAAAGGCCUAACGCCUGCCUCGUUUGCAGUUUUCUGAAAGCCAUUUGUGUUAAUAAAUUACGUCAGAAAUUAGUU